AUGAUCAGCAAGCGCCGAAUGCGGGGCGUGGUGAUUUUGCCACCCAUGAAGCACAUCAAGAUCAAGCCGGCGCGCAUUGUCAGCGUCGACGUGCCUGGCGGGAAGGCUCUUGUGGGGGAGGUGAUAUCUGGGCAGGAUGUUGCCGCCAUUGACGUGUCAGUUCUUGGUUGGGCCGUCGCCGUGCCCCAGUCGCUCAUCUGCCUGUUCCCUCCGCCACCGCACGAGGCACCGCUCCUCGCGGCCACCGCAUCCUCCGCCCCUGUUCCGCCCAGCUGUGGCUCCAUGGAUGACCCUCCUUCCACCCCUCCUGCGCCCCGCCCUUCACCGCUUCUCUCCACUUGCGCGGCCAACAACAUUGCUGCCACUACCGCCACACCUCGCCCUCCCACGGCUGCUACCGUGGUUACACCGGGUGCAGCGAGGAGUGUGGCUGUUGCACUGGGUGUGCCUGCUAGCACGUCCCCUAGUGCGUGUGCCCCCACAGCCGCAGUGCACGCGGUGGCGCAGCUGCUCUCCUCCUCGCUGCCCUCGGCCCCGCGCUUUCGCUGCCACCGCAUGCCGUCCCUGCAAGGAACAGCAACCCUGCCCAUGUGCUUGGGCACCAUGCGCCAGGCAGCACCAUCCAGGCUGCAAAGGAUUAUGGUCAGGUGCCAGGGAAGAACGAUCAAGUGCCCAGCAGUAGUGGGAGCCUUCUGGGCGCGGCAGCAGCGAGGGAGCAGCUGA